CUCAGUUAAGUAACACCAACUCUAUAUUCAUUCAACAUGACUGGCCGUGGUAAAGGAGGCAAAGGAUUGGGAAAAGGAGGAGCAAAACGUCAUCGUAAAGUAUUGCGUGAUAAUAUCCAAGGUAUUACUAAACCAGCAAUUCGUCGUUUGGCUCGUCGUGGUGGUGUAAAACGUAUCUCUGGAUUGAUCUACGAAGAGACUCGUGGUGUACUCAAGGUUUUCCUAGAAAACGUCAUUCGUGAUGCAGUCACAUACACCGAACACGCCAAGAGAAAAACAGUCACUGCCAUGGAUGUUGUCUAUGCAUUGAAACGUCAAGGACGUACUCUCUACGGUUUCGGAGGUUAAGCUCCACAUCAGCAAUAAAAAAACCGGCCCUUUUCAGGGCCAUCAAAUUUAUUCAACG